AUAGAUAUUUUUCUUACUAUUAUGUCCUUCCAUUACAGUAAAGAGCUUACUCGGGACUUGAAUAUUCCAAAGCAAUUUAAAAAACAAAAUAUCAAAAGACUAGCAUCUGGGAAAUCCAGUCAUAGUGUCAAAAUGGCUGAACUAUUUGGAAGAAGUAAUACUACUGUCGAGAACAUGGCAAUUAUCAAUGAUAUAAACAUGCUAAUGCGUUUUAGGAGAUUAACUGAUCUUGAAAGACUAGCCGCUGAGUGCAAAGAUUUAGAUCGUGGCAUGAAUUGGUCGGAUGCUUUAAUGGGAUUUUUUGGGACAGCAGCAGCAGUUGCGGGCAUUCUAUUGUUGCCCGGAUUGGGAUUGGCGCUGUCUGGAUUCUGUUUCGGCGCAGCGGUAGGAAAAGGAAUGCUGGGGUCCGCUUCCAUUGAAAGAGAUUGCGCUGAUGUACCAUUUUAUGAAUUAGAAGUGAGACUGAACAAAACUUUAGGCGAAAUAAACCGGAAAUUAGAUAAGCAAACAGAAAUACUAAAAGAUAUUUCUGACAAUGUCAAAAAAACUUUAACGGAAAUAGAAAAUAUGAGAAUUGCGAUGGAUCGAGGAUUUGAGAACAUUUUAGAUUCCAUCGAAGGGCAAGAUGUGAAUGAAUUGGUUUCAACUAUAAACACAGCUUAUAAAUCUUUUACGUUUAGUGAAAAUAAUCGUAGGGACGCUCCAAAAGAUCAAUAUGUAAAUUUUAUAGAGCAAGAAAUCGGAGAUAAUCUUUUAUUUAACUACGUUAAACUGGGUGGCAAGUUGUACGAAGCGCUGUUUUCGAUCAUCGAUAAAAAGUACGCGAUCCCCAAAGAUAUAAAUCACCAGAAUGCUUAUAAUGCUCUAUCUGCUCUCAGUUUCGGAACCGUUACUUAUUCGAAUAUUGUUUUUUCUUUGUUAGAUCAGUACACUUAUGUUGCCGAAUAUUAUUACCAGGAACGAGAUCUUAUUAAAUUCAAUAAAUACCUUGAUCGCCUCAUAUUUUAUUUUACAACGUUUAAACACAUUUUUACAACAGCUAACAAUGGCAUAGUUAAGGAGGUCAUAAAGAUUAUGGAAGAAGUACAGCAAAAACACGACAUCAAAAACGCUAAAAAAGAAUUGUACAAUGACAUUUUGAACAAAACUAACCAUUUGAAAUCGGUAAAACAAAACUUUGGAAAGAUGAGUUUACAAAUAAUAGAGGAAACGCCGACAAAUGACAUUGACAUUAUCUUUAAUGCUGGUGGAAAAGUAAGUAAAACGAACUUUUUAGAUUGGGAAAGAGGAGUCGAAGUUAGCUACGCACUUCAGUUCGAGGAAGGUGGUAAGUAUUCCAAAAUAAGCAAAUGGGUAACUCAAGAAGUACUCGACAUUGCUAACCCUCAGAUAUCAAUUAGAAAUUCGAACCAGAAAAACAGAAUAGUUUUUCGGAAAUUUGAUAACAAUGCACCGGAAGUAGUUCGCAUUAUUUCUGGAUCUCAGUUACAGUUUAGGGAUCUUGAUAGAGAUUUAUAUGAUUUGGCUUCUAAAAACUCCUACAAUGAUAACAGUAUAUUGUCGAAUAUGAAUAAACUUUUAGGUCUUGGCGCAAGCGUAUCUGCCGUUUUUGAAAACAAAAGAAGCGUGAUUCACGCAGCAGCUGCAGCCGGAAGAGUGAAUAUGCUGAAGCGAAUAUUAGAAGUCGAUCGUAAAGUCCUUAAUCAGAAGGAUUCGGUAGGUUACACUCCUUUGCACAUAGCUGCUGAAAACAAAAGAGAUGAUUUCGUUCGCGAGCUCGUAAAACAAGGUGCUGACGUCAAUGCAAAAACUAAUGAAUAUAAUGUAACACCUUUGCAUUUAGCAGUGCGUUUCCAGUCCGAGAAAAGUGUAGAAUAUUUAUUAGCUAGUGACAAAAUCAAACCUAACGAGGUAGAAAAAUCCGGAAAAACUGCUCUGCACAUCGCUGUUUCAGACAAUUCUUUGAGCACCAAAAUUGUUGAACAGUUUAUCAAUAGUAAUAAGGUAGAUGUUAAUGUUAAGGAUACGCUAGGACUAACUGCCUUACACAUCGCAGUUUUGUUGAAUUCGAUUGACAAUUCCUUCAAUUUAAUGCGCAGAAAAGAUUGCGACAUAUACGCAAAAGACAAAAACAACAUGGCCCCCAUUCACUAUGCUGCAAUGAAAGGGUAUAACGGUAUGUUCAGUGGUUUCAUCUCAUUCGGUAUUGAUAAUCUAAACUCUCCUGGUUCGGAUAAAAAAUGGACUCCGAUUCAUUUUGCGGCCUAUUUCAAACACGAUGAUCUGGUAGAUGGUUUGGUACUGUGGAAAGGGGCGAAGGAAAAAAUCUCUGCAGAUGAGCCCGAUGUAGAUCAGCAGACGCCAUUGCAUUUAGCUGCUCAAGCAGGCCUGAAGCAAGGAGUUACUACCUUGAUGCUUUCUGGCAAUGCAAAAGCUUACAAAAUGACUGCCGAAGGUUAUACACCCCUUGCUAUAGCAAUACUUAACAAACAAAGUGAAACUGUUAAAGAUAUAGUAAUGCUUGAGGGAGAUUAUCGUCAGAAAUUGCCGGAUGGCUCGCACGUCAGGGAUGUAGAUUCCCGAUCAUGUGAAUUAGCGAAGGAAAAGAAUUUCAUGCUUGAUUAUUUGGUUGAGCAAGGUCGUUGCGAAAGGUAUAAAUUUAAAAAAAGGAAUUCGAAUGUAGAGCCUAAAAACGAAGAGUUUAUGGAAUAUAGUAGACACUUUCCCCAAAAACAUCACACCGAAACUGGAGCUAAGCGGUUAGCUGAUCGCUACAAACUGAAUGAAGACAUGAAAGUUGGGGAAUUCAAAACUCACGCAAAUGUUGAUGUCAGUGGUGCUUUGCUCUUGCUAGACUUACUCAUUCGCAAAUUUACUAACGAGAAAUAUGUUUCGAACUCGGAGUUCGUAAAUUCUCCUUACGAUGCGACGGUUCAGGCUUUGGAAAUAACAGAGAAAUUGAAUAAUUUAUUAAAUGAAAAAGGUUCGGAAAAUUUGGAGUCUUUUGAUGUUUUUUCUAAGAUACGCAAAGCCAUACAUAGCGGUAAUGAAAGUAAAUUUAUGGACACGUUAUGCUCUUAUAUGAAUGAGUUUGCUUCGCUAAGACCUGAAGAAGUUAGGGGAAUUCUAAGCUUGGUUUUACCGAAUGAACCACAAAUAACUUUUUCCAAAAAUCCGAUUGACAGAAAGCUGCAAAGUUAUGUUGAACAUUACUGCUUUGAGAAAACAUUCCGAAUGUAGUCCAAUUAUGUUAAAUAACCAAUUUCCUUUUAAUGGAUCUCAAGCUAAGUUUAUUAAAUCUUAUAAUUAGUAGUAGCCUGAUAUUUAAUGUUUGGUGAUGGAAAUAGUUUAAAACCUUUUUUCUUAAAAAAAUAAAUCUAUGCGUUUUAAAUGAAAUAUUUUGGCGUAAUAUAAUAUUCACAAUUCUAAAAAAAAUAUAUAUAUAUUUUUUUUUCCGAAUUCAUGCACACUUAAAAAGAAAAAAAGCGGAACAUAAAUUCCAAAGGUAGCAAUUGCUUGUAAAUAUAAGUUCUAACAAACAAAAAUUAAAAAAGUUUUUUUUUACAAUAAUGAAUUACGGUUAUGAAAAUGAAGAGCGCGAUUUUUGUUUAUGAAUUAUAUGUUAAUGAGCUAUAAGGAAAAUCUCAAUCGUAGAAAAUUUUGAAUACUUAAAUGAGAUCUUUCUUUUUAACAAUAUUUAUAUAAAUAACGUAAAGUAUCUUUAUCAAAGGUAUCGAAAGGAAGUUUUCUUAAGGGAGGGGAGGCAUGAAGUUAUCAUUAUUAUUAUUUUGGAAAUCAACUCUGCUCUAUUUUAAUUUCAUUAUAUCAAUGCGGUUCAUACAAUAGAUCCUUUAGAAGAAAAAAAAACAUAACAGAGGAAAUAUAGGAAAAAAGAAUGUCUUUAAAGUGAAAAAUAUAAGUUUUCUGUCUUUAAAGAGUUCGUAGCAGUAAUUAUAUCAUCAAUAAAGAUGAUUUACUACUUUAGAAUAACCUUAUUGAUAAGAUAUUCUUAAUGCACAUUCAUCCUUUGGGCACAAGAUAGCAUAUCUAAACCAUUCUGAGGGUAUAUUGUAAAACAAUGGUAUUCUUAAUUUUAUAUAUAUUCUCAAAAAUUAAAAAAGAGGCACCAAAUGCCAGCUUCAUUCAUUUUUAGAAAAAAAAAUACAAAUGUUUAUUUAAAUUUCAAUGAAGAAUACAAUUUGCUUCGAUUUCGAAAUUUAUUUCGAAAUGCUGUUACAUCUCAACUUCCAUGUAAAUACUGAGAGAUUAUUUUUCUUGGAAUUAUAUUUUAUUUUAAUUUCCAAACUCUUACUACUUGCUCAUUUGAGUUAUUCAACAUUUUCAAACAAGCAAGGUUUCUUUGAAAUACUUUGUAAAUUUUAAUACAACUUUGUUUAUAACAAAAUACAUUUAUUAUAAUCAGAUAAUCUAUGUAAUUUAGGUUAGGUCUGCAAUUAGACACGGCAUCGCUCUGUACUCAUGAAGUCAAUAAUGGAAUAAAAAUAAUUACAAAUUAAAUGCAUUUUUAUCAUUUAUCUACAAGGUUUAGAAGAUUUAUAUCACUUAUAAAUCUUCUAAACCUUCUAGAUAAAUGUGAUAAAUGCAUUAUGUAUUAAAAAUGUCAUGUUAAAAAUGGUAAUAAUUUAAUCUUUUAAUUAUUUAAUAUGGAACGUAAUUAAGAGCUAUUUUUCUAAGUUUAAUCACAUUUUUCAGCAUCUUUUUUUUUUGGGCCAAUAUGAUCUUCUCCAAAUCUGUUGUAAGUUUUAAAUUCGUUUUUUCUCAUCUGAAUAUAUUGUAAAGCACAUUCAGUUUAAAGAGAUCAAGAAUCUGAAGGCUAUUCUUAAAACUAUUUAGAAAUUUUAAAAAAAAUGUUUCUUACUAGCGAAAUUUCACUUCUUAAAAAUAUCGUAAAAAAAUAUGCAUAGCAUCAAACUUUCUCCAGAAGUAUACGCCUCAAAUAAAUCGAAAAAUAUACUUCAUAUUCAAAAUAUGUUAAAAAUUUCGUGUAGGGUUUAAAAGUUUAGGCACAAAAAUAAAUUAAAAUCACGCUAAAAAGGUUUUAGCAGAAAUAAGUAGAGUAUAUGAAAAUUAUUUAAUCAUGUUAAAACGAAAGUAUUAUAAUAAAAAAAAAAUCUUAUUGUUUUAGGAACUACACAAAAACUACCCAUUGCAUUUGAACUGGUCAUAAUACUUAAAUUUUGCUCCUUUGAAAAAACUGCGUACCUUUUUAAUUUUUCAGAAAAUAUAUAAAUUGGUUUUUAAAAUAUCAAUGCCAGGGAAAAUCAUAAUAUUGUCUUGCAAAAUUACACAUAAAUUUUCCAAGAUUUUUAUUAAAUAAAAAGUAAUUUCCUUUUUAAAAAUGAAAAUAUAUGUUACAUUUUUCGGAAAUCAUUGAUGGCGCGCAUACCUUCCUAGACCUCAUAAGUUAUUCAUUUAUAUGUGAAACGCCUUUCUCUUGAAAUAUUUUUAAACUAAAAAGAAGAAAUUCUAUCUGAAACAAUAAUAAGUAUACUCAUUAGUCAGCGUAUUUGAGAACAACACUUUGAAAAAAAUUUGUCAGGCACUUAGCUAAAAUCUGAACUUUAGUAUAAAAACUAUUUACGUCGCUAUCUUUUCUUUUGGCUUAUUGUAUGAUCUAAAGAUUGAGAAGAAUCCAUCAUGAACUCAGACAUGAUGCUAGCUCUGGUUGUUUAGCUGGCAGAUAUCUCCGAGUUCAAGGGGUAUCUGAUUUAUGAUGAAAAGUUCAUAUAUUUUCUAGUUCCUUACAAUAAACGAUUGAUUCAGUCAUUAAGCAUAAAAAAGGUAAAACUUUUUUUCAGAAAUUAAUGAUUAAUGAACUCAAUUAUGUGUGUCAAUCAGUUAGGGUUUUCGUAAUUUUUUGUCGAAUUCAUUGCAGUUUUUGGGCAAAUAAACUUGUCUAUUAAUGAACUUGUUUAUUAAACGUACCUGCUGGGCAAAUGAGUUGUCCAGCAAAUGAAGUUGGAAAAUCAAGCUGUCGGGAUACCGAGUGUUGUGGAAAAUGUGCCAGAUCCAUAUAUUUGUUUCUUAAUAUAUCGUGCUAUAUUUCAAUUAUGAAAAAAAAGAAAUUUAAUUAAAAAAAAUAUAUGUUUAAAUUUUCUAGAAAAAUGUAAAAUAAAUAAAUAGUUAGUAAUUAAAAUAAACUGAAAUUUCGUUAAUAUUUAUCAUGACAUUUCACUAAGCCUUCGCUUGAUACCUAUCUUUACCUAUUUAUUUUAUCUCAUGCAUUUACCUGAUACUCUACUUUUAUAUUCUACCUAAUACUCUUUCCUUAAUUAAUUUUUCAUAAAUUUUUAAUUAAAAAAAUUAAAUAAGAUUUAUCAAUUGUCUGAUAUAAAACGCGUUUCAGUUGCUGAUUGAAAAUUGUCUUGUGUUUUGAACAACUAUGCUAUAGAUAUUUAAUUAAAAUUGUGAUGCGUAUCAUUCCGCAAAUUAUUUCAUUUAUUUUAAAGAUAGAUUAAUUAAUUUUUCCUUGAAAAUAUAUCAAUAAGCAAUCUCCUGUCGCAAUAUGAAGCAUAAUUUUUCUAAAACUGUGUCAUUAAAUAUUAUAAUAUGAAUUAAUUAAUAGAAAUAUAUACAUUAAUAUAUAACAAAAAACAUUAUACAAUGUGUAUUUUUUAAUGGAAUGCAUUCUGUUAAAACUAAAUUUAUAUUUUUUGUUGUUAGAUAUGAUGGCAAUAAUGCUCACAUAAUAAUGGUUUCAGUAUAUAACACAAUUCAAUAAGUACGUGCUUUUAUUAAAAACUAUAACUGUGAAAACUAUAAAUUAUAGUUAUAAUACUAUAGAUUAAAGUUAUCAAUUUGUUAUUAAAAAUCCAAUAGUUUUAACUGUGUAUAAUUAAAUAUGCUAUGUAAUAAAUCAAUGUUUUGUGAAAAUUUAGAACGAAUUUUUAAACAUGUAACCUCUGAACUUGUAUAGUGUUAAUGUAUUGUUGAAUCGUAAACUGUUCAGCUGUAAUAGUGAAAUUCUCUACUAUUCUUUACUGUUUCAUUGUUAAGAAAAUGCUUUGUUUUGAAUAGUAUUAGAUUUUCAUUAUAACAAUGUAGUAAAACUGCUUUUUUUUUUUACGAGUAAAUUCAUUUUUUUACUCUGUUUUCAACCAUUUACAAAUCGCUCAUGUACUGCAAUAAUAGCACGACUCAAAAAACACGCCUUUUGGACUAAGACUAUGUGUAAAUAUGAAAAUACACAUUCCUUCAGCAGCAAUACUUGCACAACUCAUAAUUCAACUUGAUAAAUCAUCGCUUAAGCAAAGGAAAACAUUUCUUAUGCAUUUUUCUUAGCAAUGAAAACUUUAAACCCACUUAUCUCAAAACUUGAUUUUUUGAGUUGUGCCGCUAUUGCUGCCCAUGAGCGAAAUAUUUGAUUUUACUUGGUUUAUUAUUUAUCUAAUUUAAACAGCUAUCUGUUCAAAUUUAUGAAGAUUCUAUCGAGACGAAUGAUCGAGCUGUAAUCGGUUAUAACUUCACGGUCGAAACCUCAUCGCUCUAAACUUUGAGAGCAAAACUUCACGAGGAUGAAACUUUGCGUGAACAACUUUACAAGUUCAUAAUUUUAAAUUAAUAAUUAAUAAUAAAUUUAACAAUUAAUUCAUGCAUUAGUUUUCAUAAAAAAUAUUUUCCUUAUUAUGUAAUUUUAAUAAGUUCAAAUUGAUAAUAAUUUAAUAUUAAUAAAAGUAUAAUUUUAAUAAUUUGAAAUUCAUAAUAUUAUUUUACCAGAAAUAGGCGUGGAUUUUUGUGCCAGAGAAAUUUUGUAUCCGCGAAUUAUUGGCUUGAGAAGUUUUGGCUAUGAAAUUUGCUCCCUAAACUUUUGAUCAUGAAGUUUUAAUCUCGAAUCCCAAUGAAAGUUUCAAUUUAGAGCAUUUUAUUUGUUUGAACAAACUGUUUUUUAUGAUUUAUAAAUCGAUCAAGUCAGUGUGUAGAUCAUGCAGAAUAUCUGUACAAUUUAAAGCUUCUGUAAUUUCAUGAUUUAUAACGCUUAAAAAAUGAGUCAAUGAAAAGUCAAUUAAACAAAAUUCUUAUUUUUUAUAUAUUUUUAUGAAAUAUUCCCUUCAGUCAAUAAAUGAUUUUAUUCGGCUAGGCAUUCUUAAUUUCAAUACUCUAUUCCAGCGAGUUUAUUAACUGAGCGUUAAUAAUCUCCUUAAAAAAUAACAUCGAGAAAAUUGAAUUAGUGUUUUAUAUUUUUGAUUUUGAACUUUUAAGUGACUCAAUGCAAGUGUGGUAAACGUCCUAUUAAAAGCGUAUUUCAUAUUUGAAUGAUUCAAAUUUCAAAUCUUUAUACCCUUAUAAUAAGUUUCAAAAAUUUAUUCAUAGUUUCUGAAACAAUUCUGAAUGCAUUUAUCGAUAUUCCUUUUGGGAGAUAAUUUAAGGAGUUCAAUCUGUACCUCAAAUAAUUCUAAAUGAAAUUUCUGAAACUAUAUUAAAUGCAUUUAGCGAUCUUUUUAUACGGAAAUAUUUUAAAGGCUUCUAAACUAUAUCUUAAAUUAUUUUGAUUAAAGUUCAUGCAAUUUAUUCUUUGUUUCUGAAAUAAUUCUGAACGAUAUUUCCAUAAUAAAACUAUUUUAAGAAUUUAUAAUCCAUUUUAUAAAAUCAUUCUAUAUGAAGUUUCUGAAAUGUAUUCUUUGUUUUAGAAACAAUUCUGAAUGCAUCUAGGGACGUUUUAAGAGUGAUGUAAUUUAAAGGGUUUUUAAUCUACAUCUCAGAUACAUAGUUUCUCGAAAUUAUUCGUUGUUUCAAAUUCUGUAUGCGAUAUACGACAGUCCUAAAGGGAAACAAGUGUAAAAACUUAUAAUCUGUAUCUCAAAUCACUCCUGAAUAAAAUUUCUGAAAUAUAUUAUUUAUUUCUGAAACAAUUCUGAAUGUAUUCAUUAAUAUUAUCAUACUAAGAAAAUGUAAGGCUUCUAAACUACAUAUAAAAUUAUUCAGAAUAUAUUGUAUUUAUUCUGAUAUUGAGACAAUUUUAAGAGCUUCUAAUUUUUAUCGCAAAUUAUUUUGAUAAAAUUUUUGUGAAAUAUAUUCCAUGUUUCUGUAAUAAUUUUGAAUGUAUUGAACUAUAUUCUGAUAUUAUUAAGACAAUUUUAUGAGUUUCUAAUCUGUAUCUCGAAUUAUUCUGAAUUAAUUUUUUGAAACAUAUUCUUCAUUUCUGAAACAAUUCUGAAUGCAUAAAGUGAUAUUCGUAUGGUGAGAUAGUUUAAAGUUUUAUAUUCUGUUCCUCAAGUCAUUCUGAAUAAAGUUCUUCAUCUUCAAUGAAAACAGAACUAUUUAAUUUGUUCCUCUUCUUGCAAUGAUUCUGAUUGAAGUAUCGCGGAAUGUGAGCAUUUCCCAAGUCUACUUCAUCAACUAAAAUAAAUAAGUUCUAGAAAAGAGAAUUAAAGUUACUCUGCAGACGAUUAAGAAAAAUUCUGUAUGAUAAGGAAGAAGUGCAUUUCGCAAGAGUUUGAAAUUCUGAAGAUCAAUUAUGUGACAGAUUUUGGAAAAACAAACAUUAACUUUUAGAGCAAUCUAGAGAUAACACUGCUUUAUUUAAAUAGUGGAGUAAUGUCUCUUAAAUAUGCUGGUUCUGUGAUUUAUAGAAAAAAAUCAUUAUAAUAAGCUAUAGAACAUAAAUCAUUAGAAACUAUAUAGUGUAAAUAAUUUGUAGUGCCACAUAGAAGUACGAAAACUCUCAGUAUAGUUUGGGUAGUUCCACACAAAAUUUUUCUUCCUAUGUUAAUAAAAGUAUUAUGCGAGUUUUGUAAAAAAAUAGUUUUGUCUUGGCGAUAAAAGUGUUUGGUCUCAAACGAUUAAUAAUAAUCGAAAUUAUCAAUUUUCAUAAUUCAUGGCCCAAGGAACUUGAUAGAACUGAAAAGCAUAACAUACAGUAAUAUUUUAUUUAUUAUAACCCUAAAAGUCGUUUUGCAUAAUGAUGUAUUGCUGGUAUCUAUGACUGAAGUUCGGCAUGAUGACCAAUUUAUUAUCGAACUGCAGUGAUAAAGCUGUUUGAUCUGCAUUAUUAUUUCUGUUUUAUCAUUACAGUCAAACUAGGUCAUCUCAGACAAUCUUAGGACAGCAAAAGAAGAUGGAAUAGGACAGCAAAAGAAGAUGGAUUAGGACAACGAAGGAGAAGUAAUUUGUUCAAUCAAUAUGAGACAACAAGAAGAGCGAUUUUCGGGCAAUUGUGAAACAAGCCAGAGAAAACACCACAUGCAGUUUUAUUAAGAUAACUGAGUAAAAGAUUAUGUCAACAUGGGACAAAAGAUUACUUAAGUAAAUUAUUAUGAGACCAUAAAAAAACUUAUUGGGCAAUUAUUAUGAAACAACAGAGGGAUAAUCAUAUUAGACAAUCAUCACAGGACAAUAUAAAAAUAAAUAGGCCAAUUUUUUUAAGUAUGCUUCAUGACGAAAAGCUAUUAGAUUAGGUAUCUAUCUAGUAUGUAAUUAAAUUGUAAAACUGUAUUUCACUGUAUUGUUCUUUGCUUUAAAACCGAAUGUCAUAUAUAAUUAUUAAAGUUCUGUUGAACACA